AUGCAAAGUGUUGAUUUGUUUCCAAAGACAUUAAGUGAGUGGAAUGAAGAACUAAUUUCAUUUAACGAAGAACAUCACCUUGUUGAUUGGAAUUCUACAGAAACAACUAUUAAAUUUUUUCAAAGUAUAUGGGGAGAAAAUAAUGAAAUUCUUGCCAUCACAACAUUGAGAUACUUUAAUGAAUUUAUACUUAGUCGAAUUUUAGAGAAUGAAAAUAUUACAUUAAUAACAAAAAUAUUUGAUAUUCUUAACAAGUAUCGUCUUGAAUUAUUAAGUGGUAAAGUUCCAAUUUAUUGUAGUGGUGGAAUAACUGGAAUUAAUGGUAUUCCUCAAGGAGGGUUAACACUAUUACAAUUAGUUACUCAAGCACAAACAUUAAUAGUAUGUACAUACGGAAAUAAAAUUCCCAACCUUUUUAAAUUUGCAGGAGAUAUGCUUGGAUUAACUCAAUUUAAUGAAUUGUCAUUAUUAUCUCUUGCUGUUUCAACUCUUAUUGAACUUGAAAUGACAUUUCCUACUUUAUUAAAAGGAGCAAUUGAUUAUAUUGAAAAAUUAACACGAUCAAGUGGACCAGAUAGUCCAUGUUUAAUAUUAUAUUCAACAAUUUUAUCAAAUUGUUUAAUUGUAGAACAAAAUGGAAAAUCAGCUAAUGAAUAUCCAGUUUAUUCUCCAAUAAUUUCAUUUAAUCAAAAAAUAACUCCUACAUCAUUUGCUUCACAAUCAGAUAAUAAUCCAAGUCAAAUCAAAUUAUAUACAGCUCCUCAACUUAUUGACCCUGUUCCACAAUUAUUUGAUGUUCUUCCUGAUCAACUUACUGAAACUUCUACUUUCUUAAAACAACAUUUAUCAGUUGUUGUUGAUACAUAUCAGAAUUGUAGGUAUUGGGAUGUUCUUCAUUUGUCUACUUUCUUUCCUAUUAUUUUUAGAUGUUCUGCUUUAUCACCAGAUUCAUUAUAUAUUCCACAAUUUAGUUAUUUAACAAAUUGUUAUGACCCUUCCCAAUUACUUGGAUUGUUAAAUGUGAUAAAUACUUUUAAUGACCAAAGAAGAUAUGAUCGUUUAAGAUAUUCAAUUGUUAUGAGAUUAUUGGAUAUUUGUAGUAAUUUCAGUAUAAAAGAAAGUACUCGAUUAUCUGCUAUUUCAUUAUUAAUUAAUUUAGGUAAUAAUGACAGUAUGAUUGGUGGUAUAUUAUCUCCAUUUGCUAAACAAUUUUUUAUUCCAACAAUUAAAGAUAGUAAUUAUAUGUUAAUUAUUAAAAUAUAUGGAUUAUUAAAAUGUACUAACUUCACCCCAAAUAAUAUUAUUGAAAUGUUACCUUAUGCAAUGAAAAAUAUUACGACUAUACCAUCUCAUUAUUUAUAUUGUGGAAUGUUAAUUUAUCUUUUACAAUUUAAUAAAGAAGCAUAUUUUUCUUUAGUACUUGAUAAGUUACAAAUGAUUGUCAAUUCUAAAAUGUUUUUCACAUUCAAUUCAUUGUCUUUAUACACUUGUGUUUUUAAAGUUAUUAAAGCAUUAAUUUUAACUAUUGAUUCAAAAUUAGCAAGUAAUAUAAAUAGAAUCAUUACAAUUUUACUUGUGUUAAAAGACAACAGUAAAGAUUCAUUAUUAAGAGAUUGGUCAUUAUUUUAUUUAAGGUGUAUACACCACAUGUCUGUUCAAAAGAUGCAAAAAUUACUUACUCAUGGAAAUUAUCCUUUAAUUGGAACUGAUUCAAAAAUGACUUUAAAAACCAAUGAUUUCCUUGACCUUGUUGGAUCAAAGAAUAUUAAUGAAGUAGGUAAAGAUGGUAGAAUUGUUAUUAGUAUUGGUAAAUUACAAAAAUUAUUGUCAGAAGAUAUUGAAUCAUCUACUGAAAAAGAUAGUUUUAUUCAUUGUCUAAAUAGUACUGAUGAUGCAAUGAGAAUUAGUUUAAAAGAUUUUGAAGGAAUGAUAGAUGGUGUUGCAGGAAGAGGAGGUGUUGUAAGGAUUGAUAUACGAAAGAUGAAAGGAGUCAUUAACAAGGAUGAAGAAGAAGUUGAAAGAAAAGAAAAAGAAGAACGAAGUGAAGGUGUUGUUAUAUUAAAAAGAAAUGAAACAAAUCAAAUGAGUCAAAUUAAUAUUACUGGAAAUCUUUCUACUGAUUCAGACAAUUAUAUUGAAAUGUUAAAUAAAACUGAAAGUAGUUUAGUUAUUCCAAUGCAACUUAAUGUCCAGUCAUCACAAUCUAUUGAUGAUGAAUUUUAUGUUGUACCUUUUACAUUUACUAUUCAAAACAAUUAUAAAACUAUUAAAACAAACACUAUUAAAUAUAUUCAUCCACUAUUGCAAAGAAAUGGUGGUGAAGAUAUUAACAAAGUAAUGCUUGAACUACCAUUAAAUACCCCACACCCAUGUUCAAUGAGUGUUGAACCAUACGUUAUUGUUACUGAUUCACAUGCAGAUUUAUGUAGAUUAAAUAUCGUUACUGAAGGACUUAAAUUAAACUUUGACGAUUUUAUUUGUAUUUCACCACAACUAGAAAUUAUGAAAACACAAAAUACUGCAAAUGGAUUAUAUGAAAUGUUAUGGAAUAAAUUAGCUUAUAAAUCAAAUAUUCCUCUUGACAUUUCCUAUGAUGAAAUAAAGAAUAAAAUCGAUAAUUGUUAUAUGAAGGGUGGCAUUAUUAAAUCAGAAGAAAAAGAAGUUCGAAUGCUAUUUAUUCUUGCUCCUCAUUCUCAUUUAUUAUUUAAAAUUAUUCCAACUCAAAUAAAAUCAAUAACUCUUAUUGAAGUUGUUACUGAUUAUUUAGAAGCGUUAGAUUACGUUAAUGCUGAUUUUUGUAUGACUCACUUCUGUUGA